AUGGAGGCGCGCGAGAUCAACUCCUUCUAUAGUUCUCGGGGGCCCAAUUCCCGCAGCACCGCUUCUCACGCCGCCACCAGUAGCAGCACCGGCAGCGGUAGCGGCUGCGGCGGCGGCGGCGACGGUGGCGGCGGUGGCGCACGCAACGAUGCCCGUCGCGCGGCCUCAACUAACAAGCUCGAGCCGCAACCAGCACGCGACGGGGGCGACGCGCGUCAACUACCGAUUGGACGUCGAGGCGGCAAUGGCGUUAGUACCACCACCGCUGCCUCGUCCCUCCUCGACCGCCGCAAUCGCCGCUCCCUCACCCCAUUGGCCACUGGUGGACUUACUAUCACAGCUCGCGCUGUCAGCAAAGUGAACCCUAGCAGCAGCAGCAGCCGAAGCGCUCGGAGUAACGCCGCGCGUAUCGCCGGCUCGUCGAUCAGCGCGAUUCACGGCGAGCCGGUUUCCGCGAGAGGAGUGCGCCGCGGUCCAGCCGUCUGGGAGGAGCAGCAGCCGUCAGGCAGCCGGUCGGCGCGCUACGUUUCAGCCGUCAACGUUGACGACGAUGACGACAGGAUUCGCUAUUCUCCGCCACCCCCACCGCUUCAACGAGAACCCCAUGCGCCGCGUUUUAAAGUCGCGAACUCGCCUGACGAAAGCACAUCGCCUACUAGCGACGUGGUAACGCCGCGAUCCAUGCCGGGAUUCGCGUCAAGACGGCCGGUUAACUCUCGCGCGCGAAGCGGCCCGUUAGCGCCUCGAUGGAGACCAAGACAAGGCGCCGCGGUUCGCGGCAUGCGAGAUCGCGACGUGGCGCGCUACGACGAGAGCGGGUCGCGAUCUGCCAAGCUGGCGUAUCUAACGGGAUUACCGUGGACGCCGACAAGCGGUGCGAGCGGGACGUUACCGUUGGUGAGCCCGAUGGACAGUCGCGCGAUUCGUCGCAUGAAGAGUGCGACGAACGUGCAGACUGAGCUGCGAAACAGCGGCGCGUCGCCGAAGGCCGUGCGACGGAAUAAGCGGGUCAACAUCGACCUCCAACCCACUACGCUGGACCUCCCCUGCCAUAGUCCCUCCACACUCCCCCUCUCCUCUCACCCUCAUACUGCCCACUCCCCUUCCUCUCGCCCCUUGCCCCAACGCGCGUCUUUUCCCCCCGACCCUGUCGUUGUUCCUGUCGCUUCCGCCUCCUCCGACGCGCCCUACCCCGGUGCUGACGGCGCUGCGUCAGUUUCCCCGUCGCCGCGCCGCGCACGCUGCUUGCAAUCGACGUCUAUGUCCUUGGAUCUCUUCUCUCCGUGCCGCAUAGCGAGUACAAGCUUGUAUCGACACCGCCUGACGAAGAGCCACGGCGGCGGAUUGGAAAGCGGCGAUUCUCGCAAGCCGUCCUUCCCCCGCCCCUUGCUCUCUCCUCCGCUUCCGCUCCCCCCUUCCUACGGCUCCUCCGCCGUCCCUUCCCCCGAGUCCAAACCCGGCGGAACGGGCAGCGGAAGCGGGCGGAGCAGUGGCGCAGGCGGCGGAACCGGGGGCGGAACCGGAGACGGCGGGGGCGGGGAAAGGGCGGGGAAGGGGGAGCGGCCGUGGCAUGCGCCGAUUGACCCGUCGCCGACCACCCCUCUGCAGCUGAAGCUGAGUCCAUCCAAGGGAAAAGAGGGGAGCGAUGGGGAGACGGCGGGGGGGUGCGUCGCGCGGGGCGCGCCGGAGGGGAGCGAUGGCGGAGAGUUGGAGGCGCCUCCGGAGGAAGAGCUUUCCGCCGCUUGCGCUUCCGCCGGUUCGUUUUCCUCCGGAACUUGUAGCGGAGACGGCGGCGAUAAACGCGGUGGCGUAGCUGCCCAGCUAAAUUUAUCUCUGCCCGGGUCAGGGUCCGUUGCUCCUCUUGACGAGAGCCUGUUCGAAGUGGAAGAGGCGGAGAAAGGAGAGGAGGAGGACGAGGAGGAGGAAGAGGAAGAAGAAGAGGGGGAGGAGGAGGAAGAGGAAGGAGAAGAGGAGGAGGAGGAGGAGGAGGAGGAGGAAGAGGAGGAGGAAGCAGAAGAGGACGAGGAGGGGGAAGUAAGGGUCGAGAGUGAGGGAGCAAGUGGGGAUAGGGAUGAGAAUAGGGAUCAUAUGGGUGAAGUGGAGGAGGAGGAGGAGGGGGAAGAGGAAGGGGACGGCGACACAAGAAUGCAUGCUGCUGCCGCCACUGAUGCUACAGCGAUUGAACCAGCUCCCAGCGUUUCUCCUCGAGACCUGAGGUCAGCAUCUGUGCCGGCUGCUGUGUCUGAAUCGCAGCCACACAGCAAGCACGAGCACCACCGCUCGCGCUUCUUUCACUCCGCCUCAGGAAAACUCACCGCGUAUUUUCAAAAACUGCCCAAGAAGCUGCCCAAAAAUAUCCACCUCCUGACGUCCCCGCGUGGUUCGUCUGCGCAUGCAGCCGCCCAGAACGUGCGCCUCACGCCGCCCCAAUCGUUCCUUCCGAUCAAACCACUUGCCACUCCAGUCCGCGCACUGCCGCCCAGUGAGACCCCAUGCCGCCCCCUGGCGCCUGCAGAAACUUGUGGGGAGGAGAGUGAGGGUAUAGGAGAGAAGGAGCAAGGGAGCUUGGUGCAGGAUGGGAGUGAAUGGCGCGAGCAGAGUGCAGGCAGCGGCGAGAGUCCCUGCAGUGUGGUUACCAGCAGUAGGGUUACCAAAAGUACCAGCAGUAGGGUUACCAGCAACACACGCAGCAGAGACGGCAGCCAUGGAAGCAGCAACGCGUGCAGCACGGGGAGCACAGUGGUUGCUACUCCCACACCCCAGAAAUGCUCUUCGCAGGAAAGGGAAACCACAGCUGCUACUGCUGCCCUUCAGAGUGCCUCCCUGUCAGCUGCUUGUGCUGCUGCUCAUGCUCCCGCCAGCACCACUGCUCCAACUAAAGCUCUCAUAAGCACUGCUGUUGCUGAUCAUUCCAAAAGCACCAUUUUUGCUGUUAAUUCUAACUGCAGCACCACCGCCACUGGCGGUAUUCUCAAGGGCGCGCACUCGGGGCUGAGCCGGGCGGCAGAUCAUAUCUUGGGGCAGGCGUACGAGGAUCUGAGUGAGAGAUACGCGGUGGAGGGGCGGCAGCUGGGCAGCGGGCAGUACGGCGUGAUUCGGCGGUGUGUGGAGGAGGGCACUGGGCGGGUGUUGGCGUGCAAGAUAAUUGACAAGAGGAAGAUCAAGGUAAACCGCCGCCUCCCACUCUCUUCCCCGCCCCCCCUCCCCACCAGACGCCAGCGCACGCAAGCUAGUGACUUGCGGAGCGAGGUGGCAACCCUGCAGCAGCUGCUGCACGGGCACCCAUCAGUCAUCACUUUCGUCGAUGCCGUAGAGGACUCUCAGCAUGUUCACCUGCUCUCCUCAUGGACCUCUGCUCCCCCUCCCCCAUCCCUCUCCCUUUCCCUCGUUGUCUCCCACCAGACCAUGGCCCAAGCUAGUGACUUGCGGAGCGAGGUGGCAACCCUGCAGUUGCUGCACGGGCACCCAUCAGUCAUCACUCUCAUCGAUGCUCUCGAAGAUUCCCACCACGUUCACCUGCUCAUGGACCUCUGCUCGGGCGGCGAUCUCUUCGACCGCAUCUCGUUGGGCGGCGCGCUAAGCGAGCAGUGCGCGGCCGGCGUGUGUCGGCAGCUAGCGGAGGCGCUGCUGCACUGCCACCGACGGGGGGUGGUGCAUCGAGAUGUGAAGCCGGAGAAUAUCCUCCUGGUCGGAAGCCGAGGGGCAGAGAAAGGAGCGAAGUCAGCUGUGGAAGGAGGAGGAAACAGCAAGAUUCGAGACUCCAAGGCUCCUCGGAUCAAGCUCGUGGAUUUUGGAAUCGCGAGGUUUUUCCGGGACGGGGAGAAGAUGCGGGACUGCCUCGGCACACCCGAGUACAUGGCUCCGGAGCUGCUCCUAGGGUCGUACGGGCCUGAAGUGGACGUGUGGAGCGCAGGCGUGGUGACGUAUGUAGCCAUCUGUGGUCAUCCGCCGUUCUGGGCUUCGGCCUCUAUGGGCCAGUCGUUGCAGGAGGCGAUUCUGACCAGGGAUGUGACGUUUGCGACGCCUGGAUGGGUGGGUGUGUCGGCGGGGUGUAAAGAGCUUAUAAGGAGGAUGCUGCAUAAGAAUCCGCGGAAGAGGAUUACCCUUCUGGAGGUGCUUGCGACCAAGGGCCACCAUUCAUCCCCUUCGUCGCUCCACUCGUCAGCUUCGUUCGCGCUUCCAUCGUUGGACUCGCUCGAGUCUGACUUAGCAGGUACUGCCUCCUCAUCGACCUCCUCUGCUUCAGCGGCCAGCACGGCCUCCUCCUCCAUCUCGACGGUCACAUCGGGAGGGGAGACCACAGGGGCCGGGUAG